AAAAACACUCUUUGACAAAUUUUCGGCUAUGGCGGGCAAUCUGAGUGUUAAGAGAAUAGGACGAUUGAUUAAUUCCAGAUCAAUAACUAGUGCUAGUAGUUUUAAAAAUGGCUUUAAAAGGGAAUUUUCGAGUUCUUCUUGUGAUGAUUUAAUUGGAAAUGGAAAUGCUAAUAAAUCAUCAAUGAAUCUCUACUCUGCCAUCAACCAAGCUCUCCACAUCGCCAUGGAAACUGACCCACGUGCUUAUAUAUUUGGUGAAGAUGUGGGCUUUGGUGGGGUAUUCCGUUGCACGACAGGACUAGCCGAUCGAUUUGGUAAAAAUAGGGUCUUCAACACCCCUCUUUGUGAACAGGGCAUUAUCGGAUUUGGUAUUGGUCUUGCAGCAAUGGGAAAUCGAGCUAUAGCAGAAAUCCAAUUCGCAGAUUAUAUAUUUCCGGCUUUUGAUCAGAUUGUCAAUGAAGCAGCCAAAUUCAGAUACAGGAGUGGGAACCAAUUCAAUUGUGGAGGUCUAACAAUAAGAGCGCCUUAUGGAGCUGUCGGCCAUGGUGGACAUUAUCACUCACAGUCACCAGAAGCUUUCUUUUGUCAUGUUCCUGGCAUUAAAGUGGUCAUUCCUCGAAGCCCAAAACAAGCCAAAGGGUUAUUGCUGUCAAGCAUACGUGAUCCAAACCCUGUCGUGUUUUUCGAGCCUAAGUGGCUGUAUCGUUUGUCAGUAGAAGAGGUUCCAGAGCAUGACUACAUGUUUCCGUUAUCGGAGGCUGAGGUAAUUCGAGAGGGAAAUGAUAUUACACUUGUUGGUUGGGGUGCUCAAUUAUCCAUAAUGGAACAAGCCUGUAUCGAAGCUGAAAAGGAUGGUAUUUCUUGUGAAUUAAUAGACCUAAAAACUCUAAUACCGUGGGAUAAGGAAACAGUGGAGGCAUCUGUAAGAAAGACUGGAAGGCUUCUUAUUAGUCAUGAAGCUUCAAUCACUGGAGGUUUUGGCGCUGAAAUAUCUGCUUCAAUUGUGGAGCGUUGUUUCUUAAGGUUAGAAGCACCUAUAGCGAGAAUAUGCGGUCUUGACACUCCUUUUCCUCUUGUUUUUGAGCCCUUCUAUUUGCCCACCAAGAACAAGAUCUUGGAUGCAAUCGAGGCAACUGUAAAAUACUAGUGUACAACAAAUUGUAUUUCUAAUGCUAAUGUAAGUAAAAAAGUAAGAGGCUAGCUGUAACACCCAUAGUUUUAAGUAAUUGUAGUUAUGUAAUAAUAAGACAUAUUUUUUUGUUUUUUAAAUGCUUUA